AUGUCCCAGGAUCCUUCACUCGGUUUACGAGGCGGGCGACUAGAUGACGCUGGAUGCCUCGAAACGACAGUAUCGGUUCUACCUCCUGACGGCAAAUACCAUAUCGACUUGAACCCCGGGCCAAAUGAUCUGCAGAGGACAGUCCGUGGAAGGUACGUUGGCCAGAUCCCUUGGCCGACAUCCGACGAGACGUUGGACUUUGCCAGACUCGGUAAACUCCAUCUCGAAGCCACGGUCGUAGCACUGAGCCAGUGGAACGAAGCUGUACAGAAGCUCAAGACUGGCCAGGUCGCCGGGUAA